AUGAGAAGAUCCUCGCAUCACUGCCGUAGAGGUGGGCGUAACGUACCAGGCAAGAGUCCAGAACGCGGGCCAGCGCCCUCGCCAGCGGCCAGCUCAAGGCGAAUCCGCCGCCGCCGAAGGCCAUGUCGAAGGAAUACUUCUCGUUCUGCACCACGGCUUCGGAGCUGCUCCCGACGUAGUGCCACUGCUCCCAGUCGUGCCUCCGAAGCGUCGCCGCCAGAUUCUCCGGGAAAAAGACGGUGUCGUCGUCCCCAAGCACCACCCACCGCACCCCUUCCAUGCCCUCGGCUGCGCCGACGAGCUCUCUCGCCACGCGCGCCACGCGUACGGCCGACCGCAGGCCGCCGCCGGGGAAGGUGUACGGAAGCCCGGAGACGUCGGCGGAGAUGCGGAUUGGCGGCUCGCUCGCGUUCACGUUCGCGUUCACGUUCGCGGUCGCGUCCUCCACGGAAAGGGGGGAAUCGAGGAAGACGAAGCCCCUCAUGCGGGAGGUAUCCCACCAGGAGCGGAUGUACCGGCGGCGGUGAGGGAAGGACCGGGCGGAGGAAGCGAGGCCGAAGACGAGGUGCCGCACCGCCGUCGGUGCCGCGCCGGAACCAUCGCCGACGCCGCCGGUGUGGCGGAGCGGAAGAGUGUCGGAGAGGAAGCCGGGGGAUGGACAGGGAGAAGGGCGGGGGAGGAUGAGAAUGAAGACGGAGAUGAAGAGGAAGAGGGAGGAGACCAGAAGAAGGAAGUUGGCCUUGCCGGCGAGCCUGGUGAACGAAGACGGCAGCAUGUCUUUCGAAGCUUCGCCGGAAGGGAAGGCGGGAUGGCCGGCGGUCUGGGCUGCUCCUCCGGCGGGAAUGAUCAAAAGAAGGAAAGAAGCUCUCGAAUGGUCCCCCACAGAAAACCUUCAUUAAGUUUCAGGGUCACCGAUUUAAGUUUGAUUUACCACCAGUUUAGCUCGAUUUUGACUCUCUCUCUCUCUCUCUCUAUCUCUCUCCCCUGCCUCGAAGAAAUCCUUCUAAAACGUAUCUUUCUCUAUCUGUCUGUGUGUGUGCGUCUCUCUCUCUCUCUCCCCUGCCUGGAAAAAAUCCUCCUAAAACUUCUGUCUCUCUCUACCUCAGUCCACUCUCUCUCUAACUCUCCUGUCUCUCACCUCUCCCCCUCUUUCUCUCUCUCUCUCUCUCUCGCUAUUUCUCUAUCUCCGCCCCCCCUCCCCGCCUCGAAGAAGAAAUCCUUGGAUCUCUCUCUCUCUCACUAUCCGUCACCGCGUGGCCACUAUGUCUUCGCCCUGGCAGGAAGGAAUCCUUUAAAAACGUGGACUGGACUCUCAGAUAACCCACAGGUGGACUGAGUCGGCCCUCCUGCCCACUGCGGACGGAUAGAGAACCCCCACCCGGAAGAAGAGCCCACACAGAUAUCUAGCGAGAGAGAGAGAGAGAGAAUGGGAGAGGAAACGGUGGCGGCGACCCACAGCUGGCGAUGCCUAUAGCGAGCGGCGGCGAGGACGCCGUCGGCCCGGCGGCGACGCCGAGGGUUCUCGUGGCGCUGACCGUCGCGCUCGAGCGGCUGGUGGCGCGGAACGACGAGCUGGCGGCUGCGCUGGAGGAGGAGCGGCGGCGGAGAACAAAACCGGCGGCAAGAGGGGCUCUGGACGUGUUCCGGGCGGCGAGGGUGCCGAGCAUCAGCGUGGGGAGGUACCUGGAGCGGCUGUACCAGUACUCGGACUGCAGCCCCUCCUGCUUCGUUGUGGGCUUCGCCUACAUGGACCGCCUCGCCCACCGCCACCCCUCCUCCCUGCUCCUCUCCGUCAACGUCCACCGCCUCCUCCUCGCCUCUCUCCUCGUCGCCUCCAAGGUCCUCGACGACGUGUAAGCAAGCGCUCCCAAUCUUCUCUUUGCCGGCCCUCUUUCUUGUGCUUACGGCGGUAGUGGCGAUGUGCAGGCACCACAGCAACGCGUUCUACGCGAAAGUGGGGGGAGUGAGCACGGCGGAGCUGAACAGGCUGGAGCUGGAGCUGCUGUUCCUGCUGGACUUUGGGGUGACGGUGGGGGCGAGGGCCUUCGAGGGCUACUGCCUGCACCUGGAGAAGGAGUUGCUCUGCAACUCCGGCGGCGGCGGGGAGCGCCGCCGAGGCUCUGGCGGGAGGGACGGGGUCGGCCGGGGACUCACGCCUCCCAGCAACGGAGCGGCCGGGGAAGAGAGCGAUACGCCGUGGAGCCGCUUCUCCUCGCCUUCCCCGCCCAACUCCUUCUGAAUCCUCGCUUUGCUGACUCCAAACUCCAUGCGACGCCGCCUUGGAAACCCGCUAAUCUUUCGCCUCGUCAAUUUGUCGGAGAAAGAGAGAGCGAGAGAGAGAGAGAUAAAGAGCAAACAGCUAGAGAGAGGGUGAGAGAGAAAGUGCGAGAGAGAGAGAGAAAGUGCGAGAGAGAAAGGCAGAGAGAGACACAGAGAUGAAGGGAAAGAGAGAGAUAGAGAGAGAGAGAGAGAGAAAGAGAAAGGCAGAGAGACACAGAGAUGAAGGGAAAGAGAGAGAUAGAGACAGAGAGAGAAAGGCAGAGAGACACACAGAGAUGAAGGGAAAGAGAGAGAUAGAGACAGAGAGAGAAAGGCAGAGAGACACACAGAGAUGAAGGGAAAGAGAGAUAGAGAGAGAGAAAGAGAGAGAGUACGGCAGAGAGAGACAGAGAUGAAGGGGAAGAGAGAGAAAGAGAGAGAGAGAGAAAUAAGAUACAAGGAUUAUUAGAUGAUCACGAGACCAGAGAACAUGGAGAAAUUACUAUUUACACGGCAUAUUUAUUACUUCGAAUUUAAUCAUCAAUCCGAACUAUACACAAAUGCACAUCCCGGAAUAAAUAAAUACCCAGCAGCAGCCUGUACAAGGUCAGAGAACAGCUGGAGAAGAAAGAAUAGCAGUCAACGCCCCAUGAUGUAUGGUCAUCUGCAGAUAAACAUACAUGAACCAAGGUGAAGAAAUAAAAUGAAAAUCGGCUAUUUACCCGGAAAAUAUACAUCAUUUAAUAAUAAUAACCCAUCGCAAAAAUUAAUCAGAACAAGAACAGUAGCACAAUAGAAAGAACAACCUAAAAAAAAUGGACUUUGCCUUUGACCUGCGCUCAUGUUCUUAAAAUCAUGCUGUAAUAAAAAAAAAUGAUUUUCUCUUUAAAGGAAGAUAAUUUUUGAACUGAUCGUCAUGAACGUGGGAAAGAAAUAUAGACAAUUUUUUCAAGGUCAAACCAUGGCUAUUAUCAUCACCAUCGUCAUCCAGCUUCCAGCUACUUGUCAUUGACUUUAUCCCCUAUAUUUCCCAUGUAUUAUUCAUCAUUACUUUGUAGUUAUUUCAUGAGUAACUAGGGAACAUACAUAGACGAAAUGGUCAUCACCACGUUCCUUUCUUUCCAACUACUCAAAUACCAAGAUUUCCAUCACAAAUACAAAGGCCCAAGGUCAAAGGCAAAAGGUCAACGCCCCAAGUCUUUCAUUCAAUGAAACUUCUACACAUUUUCUUCCUUAUUUCCAUCGCAUCUAAUAUAUGCAGGAUCUUGUGAAUUUCUUCCUCGCCUCACCCUCUUUUGGGCAAAUCCUACAGUAGAAAUUUCUCAGAUUCCUUGUACGUUUUUCAGGUAUGCACCACCACGUCCAUUUUUUCUUCUUCCAUCUAAUCCUUGAGCUCUCUUAAGACCUACUUUCUUUUUCCUUUUUUCCCCUGUAACUUGGCAUCAUCUCUGCGGUCAAUUAUAUCUUGGCAAGGUCAACGCCUUUCCUUUUUCGUCUCCACUGGUGUAUGGCAGCCCCCUCUAAUUACCAUUAGUCAGUGUAUGGAUGUCUAACACGGCCAUCCUAAGAAAAAGUCAAAAGACCGCCGCAAAAAUAACCCUGUGGUAUCAAAGAUUAGUCCACUUUGCUUCUUCAUUUUGGGGGGAAAAAAACGAAUUUUGACCCUAGUUUGACUUUCUCUGCUUGCAAAAAAGUAACAACUGGACUAAAAAUAGAAGGCAAGUGUGUCUCAGUGGAAAAAGGAAACAGCUUGCAGAUGAAAACGAAAACGAGCUUUCAUGGGUAAUCAGUGGUUGGAACCUGUGCAUUUGGAGAGACUCAAAGACCGGUAUCAGACCCUUUGCCCUGGCCUCAAUCGCACGAGAUGGGAUCUGUUCUACACCAAUCUCCCCCCCAGAAAGACCAUCCACAUACAGUGACAUGUCGAAUUCCACCCAAGCAUGGAAGGAGAUCUGUCAAGAACUUCACAGGGUCAGAAGAAGAAGCAGUGCAGCAGGGGUGCAUAUCCAGAUGCUUCAGGCGAUUACCUCGGAUUUCACCCAGAGAGGAGUCUUAGCUGCAUGAGUACACAACUCAACCUCAGAGAUAUACAAAUGCUGCCUUUCUUCAGCAGCAAGGACCGGCUUAGCAGCCUCACCGGCCCCUUUUCUCAUAACUUUAUGAACAGGUUUAGCACUGCCUCCACUGCCAUGAUCACCAUAUAUGUCCACGUUAUCGCCUCUAUCUCUUCUAUUCUGCUUAUGACAGAUAUCCCAUUUUUGGGUUGCCUCGACGACUAAUACAGCACCAGACCCCUGGGUAGGCUCGUAGAUGGCCGUGUCUGGUCUAGAGAUAUCCCCAUUAGCCAUGUGAGACAGCACAUACUGUACCACACAACCCGAAGGCGAAAAUACCAGCAGAUGAUGGUUCUUCCUCAGCGAGCUGGGUUCUGGGUGAUCAUCAACACCACUGCAAUUGUGGAAAGCUGAAGCAAUGGCACCAGAGAAUGGGCUGAUCCUCCCAGUAGCUGCUGCAGCCGCACCAUUCACAGCGCUUCUCCACCAAUUACUUCCAUUCCUUAUUCUGCUCACAACUGAUAGUGUGACAGGAAGGGAGCGGCCAGAACUGUUUGGAUAUGGAGCUGCUGUUCUUGCCAAUGGGCCCAAACCACCAGUGCCACUCACACCAGGAUCUGUGGCACUUUCCGACGGUGGAAUGGCAAAAAGAUGGCUGGUUCCACGUGAGGAGCUGAUCAUGAUCCACUGGCUGUCACUGCUGAAGCUAAUGUCGUGUAUAACCUGAAGCCAAAGAGAAACAAUGCGCCAUAAAUGCUUUCUUCUCGGAGAAAGAACCAUCCUACAACAUUAAAUCAGAAGGAAUCAAGGGUGCAGCCUCUACCGCAUUGGUCACCCCGCGCUGCAACUUGUAUAGAUGCAUAUACGAAAAGACCCCCUUCUCAGAUCCGGUCGAUCCUCCAUGAAAAGGGGACACAAUGCAGAAGACGUUCAUGUUGUGGCCAAGAACAGAAGCGGUUAAUAGUAGAGUCCCACUUGGAUCGAAGCAUAGUGCAGCAAUCGGAUUCGUAUGCGCUCUAAACUGCACCACGACAGAUUUUGAAAGAAGAUCUCGGACAAUAACCUGCGUGUAUUAAUAAGAAAUAAAUCUUGAACAAGCUGAUAAGAAAAUAAUAGUAAGGUGACUGCAAUAUUAAGGAGGCAUCAGACAGACAUAGUGAGCAAACUAUCACCAUUCCAGAACUAUUGUCGUCUUGAAAAUAUCCAUCGAUCGAGCCAUUUGUCUUCAGCUUUAGAGUCCCUCGUUCACCACUGCUGCCAUCAGGCAGGAGCUCUGAGCAGUACUUGGACAAUUUCUUGUAGCCAAUGUCUCCAAGCGUCACUAAACCCGAGACCACCUGCUUCCUGGAUUCUUUUGCAUAGUGUGCGACAAGGCUCCCAUUUGACGAGCUCGGCAGGCUUGUUGAAGGAGCCAGAUGUUCUGGGCUCACACGACCACUGUCUGGAACCAGAACUGGGCUGCCACUGUAUGCUAGCCACCUGGUACCCACUGCAAGAGGUCCAUAUGCCACGCUUCCCGAGAUAAUGGGCCUUGAAGCCACUGGGUAAGUGAGGAUAGUGUAUUCCCUCUCCAGGGUUGCAGCAUCAAAGCAAUGAAUCUGCAGAAUGAGAAUUGGCAUAAGAGGUCAUAGUGAAGCAAUUACAAACCCACAGAGAGUUAUGUCCAUGCCCACCUGAUUGGCCUGAGAAACAGCCACAACACGUGGGCUGCAGCGGAUAGUGUAGACGGCCGAUGCGAAAUCCAGGCUAUGGACAUAGGCAUGGGCCUUCAAGGAAUAAAAAUGGACAGAGCUGGAAGCAGCAGGGCUGCCAUCCGUCAACUUCUGAUGAUGUUCACUGUUUCUGCUGCCCCCAGGAAGGGAACUGUCACCAGCAAUGGCCAGCAAUGGAUGGGCAUCAGCAAACCUAUCCUCAUACCGCAUGGCUGAUGCUGGCCUUCUCUGCAUUUGCAGGAAUGAAACUGGGCCGUCAUGUCUGGAUACCAGCUGAUGCACAUCAUCCGCCUCUUCCACAUCCCAGACCUGAAACCCAGAGCUAUAGCCCAGCAGCAAAACCUGCCGAAGAAUGCCACCCUCGGCUUCUAGCUUGUCGAAUCCAGCCCACUGGACCUGAAAGAAAUGAUCCAACGCACCUGUGGGUAAAGAACCAUUUUUUUUUCAUGCUUAGGAUGGCUGAAAGCUCACACUUGUCAUUCUGGCGCUCCAAAAAUUCAAAAAUAUUCAAUAAAAAGAAACCUAUCAAGCCCAAAUUUUAGUAAAUCUUUCAAUGAAAAAAAAAUUCAAUGAACUAAAAUCGACUGGUCAGAUGCGGGUGAUAGUUUUCUUUUGAGGAAGUAUAUGAGAAGAUUCGAAACGCAGAGCAUUUUUACUGUAACCCGCCAACUCUUUGGCGUCCUAGGAUAAUGCUAUUGAACACAAUCAAUCGCCCACAUGAAGUAAUUGCGCUUCAAAAUCUUCAUCGAUCGCAUCUUCAACGGAAGAAAGGUAAACAAAUCUGGGAAAUUAACCAAGCGGAAUGGGAUUACUAUAUAUAUAUAUAUAGGAGGGAGACGCCUUGGUCUGGAACGAGCUCCUCCCUAGUAAUGUCUCUCCGGGUCUCAAUACUUUAAUUGACCAGAGUCCACUGUUCGUUGUCAUCUUUUGCGAAGAAGGGUUUUCAUGGAAUUGGCGCGGAAUUUGGCAGGGGUUGAACUCCGGAAGGAAAAGUGCACGGGUACCUGAUCGUCUUCCCGCUCAACGAUAGACGACGCGACCGACGCCCCUGCUGACUUAACCGUUGAUGCUACACUAGAGGCUCCGGACGAGACGAUCCUCAGGUAGCCCGAUACGCUGCGGAGCGAGAAGAAACCACCUCCCUUGCCCGUCCGUGGCGCUCCUCCCUGUAUCCUCGGCGCGUCGUUCCUCAUCCCCCGUCGCCCAACCCGCCGGAGCCCCCACAGCGGGGAGCGAAGCCGAUACCGAGGAAGAAGAAGAAGCAAAAGUAGAAGGAGAAGAAGCAAAAAGAGAAGGAGAAGAAGCAAAAAUAGAAGGAGAAGAAGCAAAAGAAGAAGAAGAAGAAGAAGCAAAAGAAGAAGCAAAAGAAGACGUCAAAGAAGAAGACGAAGAAAAAGGGAUUUGUGGCCCAAUCCCGAGUGUUGAGCUCAUGA